AUGUCAAUAGCAACUCGGGAGAAAAAUCCCGACGCUGCUCUUCGAGUCUCUGUAGAAUCGGGCGGAUGUCAUGGCUACCAAUACAAGAUGGAUUUAGCGAAAGAGCGCUUACCCGAUGACUACCAUUUCACACAUCCGACCAUCAAACCGUCCAACGUAUUCGUCGAUGCUAUCUCAUUCUCUCUUCUUAACGGUUCCACUAUAGACUUUGCAACGGAGCUAAUCGGGAGCAGCUUUCGGGUCAACGACAAUCCCCGCUCAAAGGGGACAGGUUGUGGUUGUGGUAGGGACGAUGUGUGCUAG